UAUCUCUUUAUGUUUCCUCAUGUAUAUCUUGUGUUUGGCAAGAACAAGAAGUGGGCAUUGCCAAGAACCUUUUUUUUAUAUAUUUUUUUAAUGUUGAUGAUGGUAUAUUGGUGAACAAUUUGCAUGGCGUUUGAUCUUGCCCCUGUUUCUAUUUUGGGAGUUUGAAGCCAGUGUGGCCUUGUUUUUCCAUUAUUUGAGCAUGUUGAUCUUCUUCUUUUUUUUUUCCUUCUUAGAUUGCUUGAUGGACAGAAAGUGUCAUACUGUAUUUGAAGAAACAAGAAAAGGAACCAAGAUUAUUGCUUCACAUUGUGCUUAACUUUCCCUCUUCUUUCAUCAUUUAUGCACCAUUUUGGUUUGAAUGUUGUUUUCUGUGUUAAUUUUAUUUCAUAGUGCAGUAAUUCCAUUUUGAAAUAUGUAUUUCCUGUUGUCUAGUCAUUUAAUGCUCCAUUAUCAUGAAUCUUACUGAUGAAAUUUGGUGGAAUCUCCUAUACAAUUAAUGACUAAUCAAGAGGUUAGCUUGUUGGAAUCAUUGCACUCCUCAAUAUUUUAUAUGAAAGAAAUUGCACUUCUCAUUAAAUUAAUUAGGUAGCAUGGACCUAAGUUCUUGACUUUUCUGUUUGGUGUUUGGUCUAGAUUUUAUUUCUUGUCUUAGAAGACAUUUGUGAUUCUUGAUUUCUUGUGACAUAUGCACUUAGUCGUUUUUCCUAUCUCAUAAAUAUUUGACAAGAUCAACUUGUUGUUUGAUCUAGUUCACCUGUCGAUCGUCCUCCUUUUCGACAUUACAAAGAGGUUAAGAAGCCGUUCACUCCGCCACGAGAAGUGCAUGCACAAGUGACCCACUCGAUGCCCCGAGAAAAGAUUGAGAUCUUUAACUCGCUGCACGACUGGGCUGAGAACAACAUCUUGGUGCUCCUUAAGCACGUCGAGAAGUCUUGGCAGCCGACUGAUUUCCUGCCCGACCCCGCAUCUGAAGGCUUCCAUGACCAGGUGAAGGAGCUCAGGGAACGGUGCAGGGAAAUCCCCGAUGACUACUUUGUGGUUUUGGUUGGAGAUAUGAUCACAGAGGAAGCACUCCCGACUUACCAGACGAUGAUCAAUACUCUGGAUGCAGUCCGGGAUGAGACUGGUGCCAGCCCGACCCCCUGGGCUAUUUGGACGAGGGCUUGGACAGCCGAAGAGAAUAGGCACGGCGAUCUCCUCAACAAGUAUCUUUACCUUUCCGGCCGCGUCGACAUGAGGCAAAUCGAGAAGACGAUUCAAUACCUGAUCGGCUCGGGGAUGGACCCUCGGACCGAGAACAACCCGUACCUCGGAUUCAUCUACACCUCAUUCCAAGAGAGGGCGACAUUCGUCUCGCACGGGAACACGGCCCGGCUUGCCAAGCAACACGGCGACAUCAAGCUGGCUCAGAUAUGCGGGACCAUCGCCUCGGACGAGAAGCGCCACGAGACUGCCUACACCAAGAUCGUCGAGAAGCUCUUCGAGGUCGACCCCGACGGCACCGUGCUAUCCCUCGCCGACAUGAUGAGGAAGAAGAUCGCGAUGCCAGCUCACCUGAUGUACGACGGGAGCGACGACGCUCUCUUCGACAACUUCUCGGCGAUCGCGCAGAAGCUCGGAGUGUACACAGCCAAGGACUAUGCGGACAUCUUGGAAUUUUUGGUGGCGCAUUGGGAGGUCGAGAAGCUCACCGGGCUCUCUGGCGAGGGGCGGAAGGCGCAGGAAUAUGUGUGCGGGCUGCCGCCUCGGAUUCGGAAACUGGAGGAGAGAGCGCAGCAUAGAGCUAAAGGAAAGGCGGCGGUGAGAGUUCCAUUCAGCUGGAUUUAUGGUAGAGAAAUCAUGCUUUAAAGUUUAAAGGGUCUCUUUACUUUUGAUGCUUUUUAUGUGUUUGUAUUGAUGAGUUUGUUACAUGUUUUGGACGACGUCGUGUUAGUGGUACUAAUGUUUAAUUUUUCCUUUUGCUCUAUAAUUUUGGUUUCCAACGCUAAAUGGUUUGUUCAAUUAUUCACUUUUUUGCUUUUUA